GGAUGUGAGAAAAACGUGAUUUAUUUGACUUUGAUAUUCAAUAUUUAAUAUCAAUUCAAUAGUAAUCCGAUUCCCAAUGAGAUUACAAUAACAAUAUUAAUGCAGUUUUAUGUGUAGUUAUCUGAAAGCAAACACCAAUUGUUUGGACAAACAGUGAGACAUUGAGUAUUAAUGCAGUGCUCGUAGAGUUGUAUUGAGUGAACACAACACAGAAUCGCUGUAUUCAUCGCUGCCUUCAACUGAAAGCUAUUAUAAAAUAGUUAUAAAUUUUGUGGUCAUUUGUGUCUCAACUGAAUCCUAAGCAAUGCCUAACAUCCAAGAAGGGGUUAAACUGGACUUCAAAGACGUCUUAUUAAGACCCAAACGGUCGACACUCAGGAGUCGUUCAGAUGUUGAUCUGAACAGAACCUAUCACUUCAAGAGGUCGGGUCACGAAUACACAGGCAUUCCGUUGAUUGCGGCCAAUAUGGACACAAUCGGCACCUUU